AUGGAGGACAAUCAGCAUAAUCUUGAAAUAAUCGGUGAUGGAAACUGGAAAGUUUACUGCAAGCAUGCCACAUUUCAGGUCUCACAAGAAGCUAUUUCAGCAGCCGGUGCACAAAUACUUACUCCGCACAUGAAUCCUAGAGUGCGAUACCGAGACACAAAGCAUAUUUUCUACCAUGACGCAGAUGCCACUCGAAUCAUUUUGAACAUUAUUCACCAUAAUUCAGAGAAAGUUCCCCUCGACCUGAGCGCUGAGGCGUUGCUCCAUGUUGCAGUCGUCGCUUCCGAUGCCCGAUGCGUACCGAUACUGGGCGGUUAUGGUAGAGUUUGGCUCUACAGGGCUAUAGGGAAAGCCACCGCAGUUUUCGACUUAGCGAGGCUUCUCCGUUGCGCAGACCUAUUGAUAAUGAAUGAUCUCGUUGCCGUCUUCUCACAGAGGCUUGUUUGCCGAAACGCAGCGAUGUUUAAGCACACCACGAUACGCUCCAACGACUUAAAUUCCUGGCUUGAGGAUAGUCUGUUGGAUAAACUAGAGCGCAACAGACAAAUCAUACUGAGGCGAACCGAAAUCGCGAUUUGGGACCUGUAUGAGAACCUGUGCAAAUGCCAACAUGCCACAGCCCGGGAGUUUGCCCGCGGCUAUUUCACGACACUGACAAGGGAAGGCAUCCUACCCGGGACAGAGUCUUUCAAGAGUAAAUGCUAUGCAGAGAUAUGCGAGAUCGCUGCUAGAUUGCCGCCAAAGGUCUACUAUCCGCCGGGAAAGUGUACUGCGCAGCGCAACUGUGACGUCUGCAAUCGUGGACCAAUUGAACAAGUUGCCUAUCUAAGUCAAAAGUUAACACUAUGUGUUUCUGACAACAGCCUCCAAUUAUGUCGGUGGUGUGCAAGAGAUCUUCCCUGCACGGAGCAUCCUUAG